AUGGAAACAGCCGGUGAAUUCAAUAUUAAUAUCAGCGAAAGCGGCUCUGAAGCCAGAUAUAAAAUUCUAUCUUAUCCUCUCUUUUUAGACACGGAUAAAGAAUCGCAUAAACGUCGACUUUUGACAGAAAAGAAAACUCUGACCACUAAUUUAUGUGAUAUAGGUAAAAAGGAUCACAGUGGUAGCGGAUACCCUUUGGAACCAUGGUUAAUGACGCCGUAUAAAAAUGCAGUCGACCCAAUAGGGAAAUAUAACGACAUUCAUCCUCAGGCCAGAAGCAUUGUGAACAGAUGUAUCGAUUUAUAUAAAGGUCGUUGGCGCAUUUUCAUGGAAGAUCGGAAGAGCAGGCACAAUGGGAAAAUUCGUAACCGUUUGCGCGGCGCUCCGCAACAUUUGCAUACACCAUAAAGUAAAAGAUUUCGAAAUUGGGGAUUUCAUUUCUUCAAAACCUGGAACUCGGACGUCGAGGUUACGGUAGAGCUCUCCCAAUUUACUCAAAUAAGCGAAGAAACCAGAAAUGGUGUAGCUUCUGCACUUGCAAGUUGAUUUGUUUUCCUGCACCAAAUUAAUAAGGCUGACAGA